AUGGAGGAUAAGUACCAUAACUUGGGUACAAAAUUCCCUCCUCUUAUUUGUUGUUGUAGUACUAAUGUACAAGUUAGUGACGAUUUAAUAGUAUGUGAGAUAUUAAGCAGAUUACCUGUAAAAUCACUCAUGAGGUUCAAGUGUGUGUGCAAAAGUUGGCAAUUCUUGAUUGAGAAAGAUCGACAUUUUAUCGACUUACACUUUGCACGGUCAGAACCAAGUACAUUUAUUCUUCUCAAAACUCCGAAUUACAAAACCAGAAAGCCGUGCUUUUUAUCAGCCAAGCUUGUACUUCCUUCUGAGGAUGAUGGACUGGAGGGAGGAGGCGCAACCUUUCAAAGGCAAAUUAUCCCUCAAAUAGAAUUGGAUUCUCGUAUACACAUGCUUGAGUUUGUCAAUGGUUUGGUUUGUUUUGCAAACCAAGGCACGCGAUGUUUUCAGAUAUAUAACCCCAGCACUGGUGAAUCAACACCUUGGAUCAAAUCACUUAUUAAACAACAAAAAGAAGAUGAAAAGCAAGUUGUAAACUAUGAUGGCAGUGUGGUUUAUACGCGCGCAUAUCUCAAUUUUAGAUGGUCUUAUUUUGGAUAUAAUCCUGCCACCAAAGAACACAAAGUUCUAUCCUUGUGGAAAGUUCACUCAAGCGACGAGUCUGGAAACUGCGUAAGUGAUGAAAAAAUUUGUGAAGUCUUGACUGUUGGCGGGAAACAGCAAAAUUCAUUCAGAAAGGUUGAUGAAGUUUUACUGGUGUCGCCUAUCUACCUUGGCAAGUCUGUUUAUGUGAAUGGUUCCAUAUUCUGGUAUCAUAGAGAAUCCGACAGGGAUGUAGGAGUAGCAAUUAUUGAAUUUAAUUGUGGAACUGAAAAGUUCAGAGUAAUACCUAUUCCUAAUAGUAUUAUCGAUGUAAGCAGGUUUUGUAGAACUCAUUUAAUGGAAGUCGAUGGCCGUUUAGCUCUAUUAGCUAAGAAAGGUGGACGAUACUCGAGCUCUGAAGUUAGAGAAUAUUGGUAG